AUGGAGGCCGGUGGCAGUAGCACUCGCGGGGGCGAGGAUACACUGGAAACGCUGGAAACACAAGUCGAAGAAGACGAUGUCCCGCCCACGACGUAUGCGCAGAGCUUCACGCCGCGGUCGUUGUUCGUUGGUCUCGCCAUUGGGGCGCUGAUAACCUUCUCAAACACCUACUUUGGGCUGCAGACAGGAUGGAUCAGUGUCAUGACGAUGCCCUCAUCCCUGAUCGGGUUUGCCGUCUUCAGGUCCCUCUCCCGCCAUCUUUCGUUCCCGUUUACGCCGGUCGAGAAUGUUCUGAUACAGACGGUGGCCGGCGCCGUAGGGACGAUGCCACUGGGCUGCGGCUUCGUGGGUGUCAUUCCGGCUCUGGAGUAUCUCCUCCGGCCAGGACCUGACGGCCCUAUGGACGGGAGUGAUGGCGGUGACGGCGAAGGUGGGCCCUUGAAGCUGGCAUCAUGGAAGCUGAUUGUCUGGAGCUUGGGCGUUUGUCUGUUCGGCGUUAUCUUCGCUGUGCCUCUAAGAAAGGAGGUUAUAGUCCGGGAAAAGCUCAAGUUCCCCAGUGGUACGGCAACGGCUCUGAUGAUAAAUGUGCUACAUGGCGCAACCAAGCCGGUUGAUAAGGGCAAAGGUGCUACAAGGAGGCUGAACCAUUCCGCUGGCAGUCCUGCAGAGACUGAGCGGCUAUUGACAUCCAACGACAUUGCAGGUGUCACCCUGGAGCAUCUUGAAGCAGACAGAAGAAGAAAACAUGAAUGGAAGGCUAAAAUUAGGAUGCUGCUUCUUGCAUUCGGCGUAUCUGCAAUCUAUGGCAUCAUUAUGGGACCUUCCACAUCUCUCCAUAUGCUGCUCGGUGCCGUAAUCGGAUGGGCUAUACUCUCCCCUCUAGCAAAGCAUAAUGGCUGGGCGCCAGGCCCAGUAAAUAACUGGGAGACCGGAAGCAAGGGUUGGAUAGUUUGGGUCUCCCUGGCAAUCAUGCUUGCUGAUUCAAUCAUCAAUUUGGCCUGGUUGGCAAUCCGACCACUCGUCAAUCAAGGCCCUGGAUUUGUCGUGCGUCUUCAGUAUGAGAUCAGACGAAAACGGUUCUGGACAGGUCUGUUUAGCGGAAGCACUUCGUCCAGCCAUGGCUACACCGCCAUACAUGCGCGGGAAGGCCGUGACCUAAAGGGGGAAGACUAUGACGCUCCCCCAUCCGAGCUUAUAUCUAACCGUACAGUCGCGAUACUGCUUCCCCUUGCGCUAAUUCUAAACGUCGUAUGCAUGCGCAUAGCGUUUGGUGACAUAAUCUCUCCUUUUCUUUCAAUUGCGGCCACACUCCUCGCUCUUCUUCUCUCCAUAAUGGGCGUCCGCGCCUUGGGAGAAACUGACCUCAACCCUGUAUCUGGCAUCAGCAAACUCACUCAGCUUAUUUUUGCUGCAGCCACUCCCGCAAGCCACCAUACACGCCGCAGUGCGAUAGUUGCUAAUCUCCUUGCAGGUGCCGUGUCUGAGUCUGGAGCUUUGCAGGCAGGCGACAUGGUGCAGGAUCUGAAGACAGGCCAUCUCCUCGGCGCUAGCCCCAAGGCACAGUUCUAUGGCCAGGCCAUUGGGAGUGUCGUUGGUGCUAUCAUCUCAGUUGGCGUGUAUAAGCUCUACGUCAACGUCUACCCAGUUCCUGGACCUAUGUUCGAGGUCCCAACUGGAUAUGUCUGGAUAUUUACUGCGCGACUUGUGACCGGCCAAGGUCUCCCAGAAAUGGCAUGGCCAGCUGCCGGUAUUGCCUGCGUAAUAUUCACCAUUACCACCAUCCUGAGAAUUGUCGGAACAGUCUCCGGCCCCGCCGGUAGUAAAGGACCGGUAUUUGCCCCUUGGCGUGCUUGGGUGCCCGGUGGCAUUGCCGUUGCCGUUGGGAUGUACAAUGUUCCUUCGUUCACCUUAGCCAGGGCAAUCGGAGGUAUAAUUGCUCUUAUUUGGCAAUAUCGUUCCAAAGUUAUACGAGAUCGCCUUGCUCUAUCCAAAGCACAAAGCGCCAGUUCACCAGGUGAUGAAGAACAGGAGGCGUCCAAGACGCUAGAUAACGAUGAAGAUUCAACUUCAUCAACGAUAGUUAUUCUAGCAUCGGGUCUUAUUCUUGGUGAAGGUAUCGUCAGCAUCCUGAACCUGAUACUAGCGAGCGCAAAGGUUCCGCACCUCUAA